AUGGCCCCCGUCACACUCACCCAGGAGCAGCUGCUUAACCUUCGUUCUAUUCCGCCCUACGACUACAAGAUGGCCUCGCAGACGCAGACACGCUCUCCCCAGAUGCCCGCUACGGCUUCCACCGACGCCUCCUCCCAGGCUGACUACUUCACAUCCUCACUGAGCUCGGCGACCAACUCGUCCCGCAACUCGGUCGAGUACCAUGACCGCGCCGUCGUUGCCGUUGAGACCCCCAGCGGUACUGCCAUUACCACCACCCACAAGACCAAGAACCCCCUGCCCCCGCUCUCCCGCGAGUACCCCAAGCCCGCCGACGAGAUCGACGUCGAGGAGGCCCUCGCCCGCAAGCCCGGCCGCUGGUCUGUCAGGGGCGCCAUCGCCGCCGAGAGACCUGUCCAGGUCGUCGACGAGGAGAAAAUCAAGGCCCAGCGCCGCAAGGCCCUCGAGGACGUCAAGAAGGAGCUGUUCGCCGCCAGCGAGACCCUCAAGACGGCCCCGAUUCCGUCGCGCAACAACACCAAAUUCUAG